GGGCAAGCCCAUGAGCAAUUGCGACUCACUCUACACGUGUGCACAAAAUUAGGGUUUUGCAGACACAACUUAAAAACCGCAAGAAAAUACUGCCACUCUCUCUCUUCUGGCUAGUUGAGCGGGUGAGAAAAACAGACGCAGAGCCAUGGCAAGAAUCAAGGUUCAUGAGCUAAGAAACAAAUCAAAGACAGAGCUGUUGAGCCAAUUGAAGGAUCUAAAAGCAGAAUUAGCACUUCUUCGUGUUGCUAAGGUCACUGGAGGCGCACCUAACAAGCUUUCCAAAAUUAAGGUUGUGAGGCUGUCCAUAGCCCAGGUUUUGACUGUGAUAUCCCAAAAGCAGAAGGCAGCUUUGAGGGAAGCCUACAAGAACAAGAAGUUUUUACCUCUUGAUUUGCGUCCCAAGAAGACCAGAGCUAUUCGUAGACGCCUCACAAAGCAUCAGGCAUCUUUGAAGACAGAGCGCGAGAAGAAGAGGGAAAUGUACUUCCCAAUGAGGAAGUAUGCCAUUAAGGUGUAAGCUUGGAUAAGGAAAGAUUGUUUGUGUGCCCCCUACAAACUGUUACAUUUUUUCCCAAGUUGUUGUUAUUAUUAUUAUUAUUAUUAUUAUUAUUUUUAGGCUUACAUUUUUAUGAAUUUGAACUUAAUGAGUUUGUUUUAGCUCAAGCUCCCUUCAUUUUUAAUUGGGAUAGUUUUUAGACUAGGCAUGUUGUUUUAAACAUGUUAUUUUUUUUUAUUAUUUCCGAGUCAGAAUCAGGAUUUUAUGUGGGUAACUGAUUGAAAUACUCUUAACCAUACAAGUACUGGAAAUAA